GAAAUAUCGAGUAGUGAGUAGUGAGUGCUAAUAGGAAGGACAAAGGAGCGAGAGAAGAGAAGUUUAAAGAAUUAGGGUUUUGGUGUUGUUUGUUGCUGAGAAGAAUGGAAGUGGAAACCAGGGAAUCGUUUAUCUACAAUAAGGCUUUUCUUGAACAUAGAGAGCAAGUUAUACAACGCGACCGUCUCGCUCCACCCCGAGUUUUGCCUGUCCAUAAAUCUCUUCCUUCCAUUGGAUCUCACAAGCCGCUGUUAUAUUCAAUGGAAGAAUUGGCUGAUAUGACUGACAAUUUUAAUGAAAAAAAUUUGAUUGGAGAAACCUUAUUUAGCAAACUGUACCGUGGGACAAUCCGACAUGGCUGGCUUCCUUUUGAAGAUUGGGUUGUCACUGUGAAGAUUUGGGAUUAUACUCUACCAACAUCGUGUUAUCUCAACGCAAAUGAAAUUACUAAUGAAGAAGUAAUGUUUUUAACACAACCAAGUGCAAAACAACAUCCAAACGUGGUAAAUUUGUUAGGCUAUUCUAAUAGACGCUUCCUUGAAGCUGUUGUUUAUGACCUCAAUCCUUUGGAUACUGUUCAUAACUUGGCUACCACAGGUAGUCUUACUUGGCUUCAAAGGAUUAAAGUGGCUCUUGGAUUUGCUCGUGCACUUGAAUUUCUUCAUGAUCCAAAAAAGCCUUAUUUAGUGCGCAACAUUAACGCAGCUCAUAUAAUUCUUGAUCAAGAUUGCAACCCAAAGAUAUUUGACUUUUCAACCAUGAGUGGAGGUAUUCUUGGUAAGCUGACUCGCCUCAAAGAGCAACUGUUGACUGUUGGCUAUGAUGAUCCAGAAGACUUCCCCUUAGGUGGACCAGAGGAAGGUGGAUUUGAGGUAACCUACCACGAUGUCUUCUCUUAUGGUGUUGUUCUCCUGGGGCUAAUAACAAAAAGAAUUGUGGACAAGGAAGAUACUCUGAAGACUUUGGUUUACCGUUGGGCCUGGAAGCACUAUAGGCCUAAUCGUUAUCUUGUGCAUGAAAGCCUUGUUGAAGACCCUGGCUUUUAUGCUUCUGAUGGAAUAAUGAUAACUGAGCUUGCCAUGCGCUGCAUUCAAAUAGAACUCGAUAAGCGUCCUUCCAUGAAGGAUGUUGUCAAGCGUCUUGAGGGUUCACAAGCUGUUCAACUUUAUGGCAAUGUAGUUGGAAUGUAAAAACAGAUGAUACCUGUCCUGAUCAAUUUGGGAAUUUGGGACUUCAGAAGGAUUCACAUAUUUCCUUAUUUGAUUUCACUACCUUUUUAUAGGAUUGCUUGUUCUGUAUCAAUUGCUGUUAUGAAGUUGAUUCGUGUAUAUGGUUUUAGCCUGGCAAAAUAUGAUGCAUAUUGCAUGGGAAGCACUGCUGGAAGAACAAGUUAUCACAUUUUUGUUUACUUGUGCAUUUGAUUGGAUUUGGGGUCAGCGCUUCAGACAACGAAAAAGAAGCGAGAAAAAGAACUGAAGAGCAAGUUGCUCAUAGAUGUUUUACUUAGGGUUGUAAACUGAGCUCCUUUUGAAUAAUUUGAGCUUUACUUAGGAAAGGGCUUGUCUCUCGCUCCAUUUGUUUUGAUAUAAAAUAUUUGUAAGAGUAAAAUAUUUUAUAUGAAAAGUAUUUGCAAAAAAAUAUUUUCAUUUCAUCGUA